CGUUAAGUCGCGCUUCUUCCGCCCUGAAAUUAACAUCCUGAAGCGACAAUCACAGGGGCUGGUCGAAUCCCCGACAAAGAGGAAAUUCUUCGGUUCUGGACGUAGCUAUUAAUUCAAAACCCUACUCUUCACCUCGCAUUUUCUGUCAAUCAUUCGGCAGACUCAGCCGGCACUAGAGAUAACAAAUCAGACAUUCUAAAUGUUGAAAGGGAGGAAAGUUCCUGGCAGGGGGGAGACUGCCGCCGCGCACUAUGCUUUCGGCCCACUUGAGGAUGACAUUAUAAUCAAGCAUAGGCUUCUGACCCGCACAACAACGACGAGAGGUGAACCACCAUUGAAGAAACUUCAGAAGAAGUUUACUGCUUUUGCCCUGGAAGUAGAGAAAGAAGCAGAUAACUAUGCUGACUGCGAAAGACUUGCCAAGGCUUUCUUGCAGGAGCUGAAUACUUUCGAAAUUCCAUUGCUCAAGAGUAAAGCAGUUAUAGAUGCAAAUGUGAGAGAGAAGGAGAACUUCAAUGAGUUAAAAGACGAUAUAAAUAGGCAAAUAUUACAGGCACAGAAUGAUAUAGAAGAUCUGAAGAAACAGCUGGAAGAGAGCAAGAUUGAGAGGCAGCACAAAGAGGAGUGUGAAGCUAUUAGGAAGUUGAUUGCUAUGCAGCCACCAAGAUCAGAGACGCAGAAAAUCAUAACAGAACUUGAAAAAGAGAUUGCAAUGUUGGAAGCAGAAAACACUGCUGGCUCAAGAACACUGGACCUCCGCAAAAAGCAAUUUGCACUUCUGUUGCAUGUGGUGGAUGAAUUACAGAACACCAUUGAGGAAGAACAGAGAAGUUUAAUGGAGGAAAUGAGAACAGCAAUUGAUGAGCACAGGACUGGAUUGGAGGAUGCUAAUGGGGGUCCUGAAGCUAUGGCUCUUGAUUAGAUGGUUAAUAGAACCAUACCUGCAAUACAUAUUGGUAUCCCUGACACAACUUACAAAGAAACAGUCUCGUCACAGUCAUGGGGGGCAUUAGUGAAUCAUCAAUAUGCUAUUUGCUAUACAUUUAACAUAGCAGCAGUUAAUACAACACUAGUAAAAUUAUUGAUUAUGAUGGCCUCAGUUUUUGUGCAUUUUGUAGCUGUUUCAGCGGCAUCAUUUAAGAAAACAAUGUUCUUUUGCCAGAAUAGGUUAUUACCUCUUCUUGAAUGAUUUUAUUUGAAAUCCUAUUCCCUUGGGUUCCAUAGGGCUCCAACUAUGGCUAGCAAAACCUGAGACUUCAUGGGUUUGUUCCAUUUUGAUAUGUGGUCUCUUCUUAUUCUGGCACGACUUCUUGAGCUGCAACAGUUAGCUCCAAUGUUGGCUAUUCAUUUUAGUAUAUCUGAUCUUAAGACAGUUGCUACAGAGAAGUGUGGAUGCUUUCCCCAGUUUUAACUUUUCUGUGCUGAUAUUAACUGCUGGGAAUUUUUUCUCUUUGUAAUCUUUCGAUAGGCAUUAACCAACCAUCUUCCAUGCACAUGAUUUAUAUGA